AUGCGCGAGCAGGCAGUGGUGGUCGCAGUACUCCUGGUGUUCUUGACGACGUGUCCGUUCCCGAAAGUCGACGCCGGUGCCGUGGUGGCGGUGCAGCAUGAACAUCGGCGCUCGCAGCAUGGAAGAAGCCGGCGAGACGCCACGACGAACAAACCGCCAGAACAGACGCCGGCGAAUCCCAAGGGCUUGGACUUGGGCCCCGACCUGUGGCACAGCGUUCCCCCGUACCUCAAACAGGUGCUGACGUCCAUCGACGACCGGCUGCGCGGCCUGGAUGCGUUCGGAUCGGCGCUGCGGCUCACGAGACUCGACUUCUCGCUGGAGCAAGUGCUGCGCAAGCUGGACUCCUUCGACAGCCGGCUGGGCAGGCUCGAGGCCAAGCUGGACGUGCGCCUCGAGAAAGUCGAGGAGGCGCUCAACGGACGCGGCAAGGACGCCGCGUCGCCGGCUCAGCAGCAGCAAGGUGCCGCGGAUGCCUUCCACCUGAGCCGCCGCUUCGACAUGCUCGCCGACAAGCUCAACAACAAGCUGGCCUUUCUGGAGACCAAGCUGGACAUGCGCGCCGACCGACUGGCCAACAAGCUAGAGCUGCUCGAGCGCGACCUGCAGGACGCCUCGGAGGACGCGCUCGAGAAAAUGGCGCGCGGCGACGAGGCCCGCGCGCGGCUCCACGCGGACCUGUCGCGGCUGGCCGACCUGGCGGAGCGUGCGGACACCGCGCAGCGCCAGACGGCCACGGUGCUGCGUGUCGACGUGGCCGACGUCAUAAAGCGGGCGGACGCCAAGAUGGACCUGUUCAGCCACGAGAUGUUCACGGCGAACACCAUACUGCGCGCGCUGCAGCAGCAAGGAAAUGCCACGCAGCAGGCGGCAUCGUCCUGCCAGGCGAUGUCGGCUGAUGCGCCUAGCUGGGAACAGGUGACCAACCUGACCGAGCUGGUGGAGAAGAUGGUGCGCGUGGGCGGCGAGCAGCUGCGCGAGAUCGACUCGGACGUCGAGAGCUACACGCGCAAGGUCAUCAACGGCAUCUACGAGCUGCGGCGCACCACCGACGAGCUUGUGCGCGGCGCCUUACAGGACACCGUGGAGCAGGGCAACCGCACCCGGGUCCUGGUGCGCGAGGAGUUCCGCAAGCUGCACGAGCAGAUCGAGCCGCUGCCGCUCAUCGAGCCCCGGCUCAGCAUCCUCAGCGAGGGGCUCGAGAAGCGCAUCGUCGAGCUGGGCGCCACGGUCGACCACAGCUUCGCCACGCUGCUCGUGGCGCAGAACUCGUUCAUCUCGUCCUGCAACCGCAUCCAGGAGGAAGAGGUGCAGCUGUACGACCUGCUCGAGCGCAUCAUCCUCGAGAUGCGCAACCGGUCGCUGGACGACACGCAGCGCAUCAGCGACGAGCUGCAGGGGCACAGCCACGAAGUCGCCGCGCUCCUCAGGGGCGCCGUGAGCGCGGUGUUCGCCGCGGGCAACACCACGCUGGCCGAGGUGCGCAACCUGCUCGGCAGUCGCCGGUCCGAUUGCAAGCCGUCGGUAUCCGGCGGGAGCUCCCAAGCGGUCGACGACACCAGUGGUGACGGUACGCCAUCGAGUGCGGCUGCGAUGGCGGCUACGACGCCGCUGCCACCAGGUUUUGCCACGACAGCGCCAUCCGCAGGCUCUCCCCCUGCUGGUGCCAGGACGAGGGACGGUGCUGGUGGCGGAGGAGGAGGCGCCAGUGGCGUUGCGGCUUCGGCGGCGACGCAGGACUACGAAUAUUACGACGACGCCCUCAAAUAGGGGGCGGCAAGAUUCGGCGAUAUGUUCGGUCGUGCUUACAGACGUUGGUGCUGAUACCUUGCCGCCACUAAAUGUUGACUGUAUAUAUGUACGGUGGCGAGGAGGGUUCUGCGUGCUGGAAUCGAUGCGCGGCGAAUCGGGCAUGUGCGUACGUGCUACUUGAUGAAGAGUACGUGUAUGAGGUGUAUAUUUCUGAACGCACGUACACGGCCAGCUGGAAGGGGGAAAAGACAGACAACCCAAAAUCUGCUUCUUGCAGAAAGCUGUGAUGCCAGCAACACAAAAUAAAUCAGAACUGCGUAGCAUGUAUACACAAACUUUCUUCGGGACAAUGUAAGUGCGUUUAUGCGUCUUUUAUUAUGUAAUCGAAUAACGAUGUUGGCAGUGUCUGUAUAGCUUCAAGAAGAAUACCUUUUUCUUU